AUGGCCUCUACGCAAGCUCAGUCUCUACACGGCAAAGUCGCUAUCGUGACUGGCGGCUCCAGAGGAAUUGGUGCCGCCAUUGCUGUCGAACUAGCCAAGAGAGGGGCAAACGUCGUUAUCACUUUUGUUUCAGAGAACAGCGUUAGUGUUGCGCAAGAUGUAGUAAACAGCGUCAAAGCCUUGGGCAAUGGGGCGGAUGCCGUCGCAGUGCGAGCCGACGUGUCCUCGCCCGACUCUCCCGCGCGGGUCGUCGAGACCGCUGUCAAAGCGUUUGGAGAACACAUCGACAUCCUUGUGAACAACGCCGGUAUAACGUCCAAACUACCCGUGUCAGAAGUUACACCAGCAAACUUCCAGGAGAGCAUCGACGUCAACCUCAAAGGGCCCUUUUUCAUGUCUCAAGCCGUCAUACCGCACCUCCGCCGUCCAGGCCGCAUCAUCAACAUCACCUCCGUCGCAGCGCGGGGCGGCUACGCCUCCGCGAGUCUCUACUUGGCCUCCAAGGCCGGACUGGAGGGUCUCACGCGUGCCUUAGCCGCGGAGUUGGGCCCGGCGGGACAUACCGUCAACGCGGUUGAACCCGGUGUCACGGAGACGGACAUGGCGCGCGACUCAGGAGCCUCGGAGGCUCACGGGGAGCACGUCAAGAUGAUUGUGGCCAUGACGCCUUUUGAGAAUCGGAUGGGCAAGCCGGAGGAUGUCGCGUAUGUUGUUGCUAUGCUUGCGGAGGAGCAGGCGAAUUGGGUUACUGGGCAGACUAUAUCUGCUUCUGGUGGGUUCUCAAUGUUGUAG